AGGCAAGGCCUUCGCCAUUCGUGGCUUUGAAAGGUGCGAGGGGGUUUUCCUUCCUAUUGGAGAAGAAGGCUACACCGAAAGCACCAUCAGCUUUGAGUUACCCAAUCCAUCAAACAGCUCCUUCUUUUCCCUCUGCGCGACUCUCCUCCGCUCUCAUCAGCCGCCGCCCUCGCACCAGCACGCAAGCCUCCGCCCCGCCUAAUCGAUCUCCCGGUAGAUAGCAGAGGCGCCCUCGGCCACCCUGUACGCACCCGAUCUCGCUCUUACACCUCUCACAAUUCUUUUAUAACCUCAAAUUCUCCUUUCGACGGCCUUUCUUUCUCAUUCGCCACUCUCUCACGAUGAGCCAGCCGCCGGUGAAUUGGACGACACUCGUCGCCGAGUCGUCGCGUCCCAAGCCGGUGAACCACAUCUACAUUACGCAAAACUCACAGUCGAUCAAGGGCAAGUACACCAUCUCGCCCUACGCCGAGGACGUGUAUCCGCCAGUGUACGACCUUCCGCCUGCGGAAAACAAGGCAAAGAAUUCGUCGAGUGCGGGAUUCGUCAACAAGAACAGCGCGAUCAGCGUCAUGGUGUGGAUCGAGGGCAACAAGGACCUCGUCGGAGGCCAUCAGCGGCCGACGUCGAUCGAGGGCCUGCCCGUUGGUCGACCGAUACAGGAGCAUGGUAAGCCCGUUACCGUCUAUACCAAGAGCCACAUGGGCAGGAUCAAGAUUGUGGUGCCACAGUACACCGUGCCUCGCCCAUUGCACAUCCAAGCAAAAUCAUCAAGCGGCGAUGUCAUCGUGCACAUCCCACCAACGUUUCGCGGAAUGCUGUCCUUCACCACCGACUCGGGCUCGUUCAAGCCCUCUGCCUCACUCAACAGGCGUCUGACGCCACUGGGCGAACAAAAGAAGCACCGCGGCGUCUUCAAGGUGCGCAUGGCCGACUGGAUCCAAGACGAUCACAUUGAGCGGGGCGACUCUGCCGAGUUGAUCACUCACAGCGGGACGGUGUAUGCGUAUGAAGCAGGCGAGGAGAGCGAAGAUAGCUCGUGCGUCAUUGUCUGAAAUCAAAGAACGAGAGGACAAACGACACCCCACGCAGUCAGUGGACCUCCACUGACCGGGAUAGAAAACAAAAGAUUGAUAGAUGUGGGCUUUCUUCUCCGUAUAUCCAUAAGUAGAGCUCCUUCUUCUCAUCACCUCGUCAUUCAACUUGUAUCCCACACUUUUCCCACUCCAUUUGUACAUCUCUAAUGGUGCCACUCUCGCUUCUUCAGCACUAUAUUACAUUUAAACCUCUC